CCGGUUUGGACGAAUAAUCACCUACAAACGUCACAGGUGACGCCUGAUAUCAUUCAAUUACCAAGACUUUCACAGCAAGCAGCGACAAAUGCGAUCAAGCUGGAUACAGGGAUAAUCAGACAGUACUUAGACAUCUCACAGUCAACAAGAUGCCGCCCAGAAAGAGACCUCAGCAGGGUUCGACUUCUUCCGAUGUCGCGGAAAAGUUGAACGAAGUUCCACCACCUCCGCCAGACAAGAAGAUCGGUCCCUUUCUUCGAUUCUUGAAGCAUACCCAAGGAGUGGUGACAGCAAGCACAACGAUUGGCGUGCUGUGCUUGCGCAACACGCAUUCUUUGUACUACGUCGCCGGAGCGCUGGGUACUGGAUGGGUUGCAAAACUUCUGAAGAAGGUCAUCAAGCAGCCCAGACCGCAAGGCUCCGCCGUGACAAAGACUCACGGUAUGCCCUCGACCCAUUCCUCUACCAUGACCUUCAUGUGUCUGUACCUGGCAUUGGCCUUGCCAAAAGACUACUUCCCGCUUCAAGUCGGAGUCAUUUUGAUUGCGCCUACCGUCAUGUGGUCGCGCGUGCAACUGGGACUGCACACCCCAGCUCAGACACUGGCUGGCGCUGCUCUGGGCACCGUCUCAGCUUUAUCGCUGAGCGUGCUCUGGCAUGGCACAAACGCUAGUGCAGGGCCGGCUUGGCUCUCCGACGGUCUGAGCACCGUGCUUGUGCCCAGUACAGACAGAUGGCUUACUCAGAUAGAAGGCACAAUUCGAAAACGCGUCGGAUUGUAAGAGGGCCGAUGAAGGUUUUUUUUUGUUCUCCGGCUCCCUGCACCCUUACUACACCUCAAGUGAGGCUGGCGCUCCAAGACCUGACACUGCUCAAUGCUAUCUUAUGCGUAGUG